AUGACCUUCAGCGAAUCACCAGUUGAUCCAUAUUGCGGCCUUCGCUUUCGACGGACCAGCUGGACCGUAGCACCCAGACAGUCCGGUGUCAACCCGUCGACAGAAAACAUGUCUGCCAGGACAACAUGGGGGGCGGCUGCGACGGCCUCUCAGCAGCUAUGUGGCAAUAACAAGAAGCUUGGCACACCUGGAACAGUGACACUGGGGGCCAUGGGCGGUCUUGACAGUCGAAAUUGGCUGCUGCAAUCUCACCUUUUGGCGGUAGAUCUGUUGGGGGGCGGGGGGCGAGCGACGUCCGUCCGGCACACAUGUGCCAUUUACCCUCCUGCUGUCUCGAAUCGCAUUGCAGUUCGAGCACAGCGUCAGAGAAGCCAGCAAGGAUGCGAAAUGGACGUUAAGACUUCCACAUCCUCCAUCAGCACUACUUUCAUCCCGACCGUCUGGGUGACAUGUCGAUGGGCAGAUCCCCUUCACCUUCACAGAGCAUGCAGAUCGCCAGGUCCCGACCAGCCUGAGGAGGUCAUUUCGCAACUAUACUCCUUCUCUUCGCCUCCUCCUUUUCGCCACCCCAUCUCGCAGCGGGCCCGUGCUAAUAGUGAUCCCGCUGUGCCCGCUGUUCGAUAUAGCAUCCAAUUCAUAACCGAUAGCAUCUCUAGAAGCCUCAGACUGCAGGAAAGAGCUGAUAGGGCGAAGCAGAACCUGUUGAACUCCUGGAAUAGGUGA